AUGGCUGCCAUCUGCAAAAAGCUGGUUAUAGUUGGUGAUGAUGAGUGUGGGAAGAUGUGCUUGCUGACCGUAUUUAGCAAAGAUCAAUUCCCUGACAUUUAUGUGCCCACUGUGUUUGAAAAUUAUGUAGCAGACAUUGAAGUGGAUGGAAAACAGGUGGCAUUGGCUUUGUGCGACACAGCUGGUCAAGAAGAUUAUCAUCACCUCAGACCUCUUUCCUACCCAGAUACCAAUGUUGUACUUACAUGUUUUUCCAUUGUUACCCCUGAGAGUUUAGAAAGUGUUCAAGACAAGUGGACCCCAGAGGUGAAGCAUUUCUGUCCCAACGUGCCCAUGAUCCUGGUUGGGAACGAGAAGGAUCUUCAAAAUGAUGAGCAUGUAAGACAUGAGCUGGCCAAGAAGAAGCAGGAGCCAGUGAAACCUGAAGAAGGCAGAGAUAUGGCAGAUCGGAUAGGGGCAUUUGGGUAUAUGGAGUGUUCAGCAAAGACCAAAGAGGGUGUGAGGGUGGUUUUUGAAAUGGCCACAAGAGUGGCUUUGCAUGCCAGACAUGGAAAGAAAAAGUCUGAGUGCCUUGUCUUGUAA